UGCCGUUCCCCAGGUUCAAACGCGGUGGCGGGAGGCGCGGGGCGGAGCAGAGCACCGACCGGCGGGGUCCCCUGAGCCACCAGUGGGGAGAUGCUGAAGUUCAAGUAUGGAGCACGGAAUCCAGUGGACGCUGGUGCCGCCGAGCCCAUUGCCAGCCGGACCUCCAGGCUGAAUCUCUUCUUCCAGGGGAAACCACCCUUUAUGACUCAACAGCAGAUGGCUCCUCUUUCCCGGGAAGGGGUAUUAGACGCCCUCUUUGUUCUCUUUGAAGAAUGCAGUCAGCCUGCCCUGAUGAAGAUUAAGCAUGUGAGCAACUUUGUCCGGAAAUAUUCCGACACCAUCGCUGAGUUACAGGAGCUGCAGCCUUCGGCAAAGGACUUCGAAGUGAGAAGCCUUGUAGGUUGUGGUCACUUUGCAGAAGUGCAGGUGGUGAGAGAGAGAGCCACCGGGGACAUCUAUGCCAUGAAAGUCAUGAAGAAAAAGGCCUUGCUGGCCCAGGAGCAGGUUUCAUUUUUUGAGGAAGAACGGAACAUACUCUCUCGGAGCACAAGCCCUUGGAUCCCCCAAUUACAGUAUGCCUUUCAGGACAAAAAUAACCUUUAUCUGGUCAUGGAAUAUCAGCCUGGAGGGGACUUGCUGUCACUUUUGAAUAGAUAUGAGGACCAAUUAGAUGAAAAUAUGAUUCAGUUUUACCUAGCUGAACUGAUUUUGGCUGUUCACAGCGUUCACCAGAUGGGAUAUGUACACCGAGACAUCAAGCCUGAGAACAUUCUCAUUGACCGAACAGGUCACAUCAAGUUGGUGGAUUUUGGAUCAGCUGCCAAAAUGAAUUCAAAUAAGAUGGUAAAUGCCAAACUCCCUGUUGGGACCCCAGAUUACAUGGCUCCUGAAGUAUUGACUGUAAUGAACGGGGACGGAAAAGGCAUCUACAGUCUAGAGUGUGACUGGUGGUCGGUGGGAGUCAUCGCUUAUGAGAUGAUUUACGGGAGAUCCCCAUUCACAGAGGGAACCUCAGCCAGAACCUUCAGUAACAUCAUGAAUUUCCAGCGGUUUUUGAAGUUUCCAGAUGAUCCCAAAGUUAGCAAUGAACUCCUUGAUCUGAUUCAAAGUUUGCUGUGUGGCCAGAAAGAGAGACUGAAGUUUGAAGGUCUUUGCUGCCAUCCCUUCUUCUCUAAAAUCGACUGGAAUAACAUUCGAAGCUCUCCUCCCCCUUUCGUUCCCACCCUCAAGUCUGACGAUGACACCUCCAAUUUCGAUGAACCAGAGAAGAAUUCGUGGGUUUCAUCCUCUCUGUGCCAGCUGAGCCCCUCAGGUUUCUGUGGUGAAGAACUGCCGUUUGUGGGGUUUUCGUACAGCAAGGCAUUGGGGAUUCUUGGUAGAUCUGAGUCUGUUGUGUCUGGUCUGGACUCCCCUGCCAAGACUAGCUCCAUGGAAAAGAAACUCCUCAUCAAAAGCAAAGAGUUGCAAGACUCUCAGGACAAGUGUCACAAGAUGGAGCAGGAAAUGACCCGGUUACAUCGGAGAGUGUCAGAGGUGGAGGCUGUGCUUAGUCAGAAGGAGGUGGAGCUGAAGGCCUCUGAGACUCAGAGAUCCCUCCUGGAACAGGACCUUGCCACCUACAUCACAGAAUGCAGUAGCUUAAAGCGAAGUUUGGAGCAAGCACGGAUGGAGGUGUCCCAGGAGGAUGACAAAGCACUGCAGCUUCUCCAUGAUAUCAGAGAGCAGAGCCGGAAGCUCCAGGAAAUCAAAGAGCAGGAGUACCAGGCUCAAGUGGAAGAAAUGAGGUUAAUGAUGAACCAACUGGAAGAAGACCUUGUCUCAGCAAGAAGACGGAGUGAUCUCUACGAAUCCGAGCUGAGAGAGUCUCGGCUUGCCGCUGAAGAAUUCAAGCGGAAAGCAACAGAAUGUCAGCAUAAACUGAUGAAGGCUAAAGAUCAAGGGAAACCUGAAGUCGUAGAAUAUUCCAAACUGGAGAAGAUCAAUGCUGAGCAGCAGCUCAAAAUUCAGGAGCUCCAAGAGAAGCUAGAAAAGGCUGUAAAAGCCAGCACUGAAGCCACCGAGCUGCUGCAGAAUAUCCGCCAGGCCAAGGAGCGAGCUGAGAGGGAGCUGGAGAAGCUACAGAACCGCGAGGAUUCCUCCGAAGGCAUAAGAAAGAAACUGGUUGAAGCCGAGGAACGCCGCCAUUCUCUGGAGAACAAGGUAAAGAGGCUAGAGACCAUGGAGCGUAGAGAAAACAGACUGAAGGAUGACAUCCAGACAAAAUCCCAACAGAUCCAGCAGAUGGCUGAUAAAAUUCUGGAGCUGGAGGAAAAACACCGGGAGGCCCAAGUCUCAGCCCAGCACCUUGAGGUGCACCUGAAACAGAAAGAACAGCACUAUGAGGAAAAAAUUAAAGUGUUGGACAAUCAGAUCAAGAAAGACCUGGCUGACAAAGAGAGCCUGGAGAACCUGAUGCAGAGACACGAGGAAGAGGCCCACGAGAAAGGCAAAAUUCUCAGCGAACAGAAGGCGAUGAUCAAUGCCAUGGAUUCCAAGAUCAGAUCCCUGGAACAGAGGAUUGUGGAAUUGUCUGAAGCCAAUAAACUUGCGGCAAACAGCAGUCUUUUUACCCAAAGGAACAUGAAGGCCCAGGAAGAAAUGAUUUCAGAACUCAGGCAACAGAAAUUUUACCUAGAGACGCAGGCUGGGAAGUUGGAGGCCCAGGACCGAAGAGAAAAAGACAGAGCUGGGAAGAGAGGAAUUUUGGACAGGAAGGCCCAGGAAGAAAUGAUUUCAGAACUCAGGCAACAGAAAUUUUACCUAGAGACGCAGGCUGGGAAGUUGGAGGCCCAGAACCGAAAGCUGGAGGAACAGUUGGAGAAAAUCAGCCACCAAGACCAUAGUGACAAGAAUCGACUGCUGGAGCUGGAGACAAGACUGAGGGAGGUUAGUCUGGAGCAUGAGGAACAGAAGCUGGAGCUCAAACGCCAGCUCACGGAGCUGCAGCUUUCCCUGCAGGAGCGUGAGUCCCAGCUGACGGCCCUCCAGGCUGCCCGAGCUGCCCUGGAGAGCCAGCUUCGUCAGGCGAAGACGGAGCUGGAAGAGACAACAGCAGAAGCAGAAGAAGAGAUCCAGGCACUCACGGCACAUAGAGAUGAAAUCCAGCGCAAAUUUGAUGCCCUUCGUAACAGCUGUACUGUGAUCACAGACUUGGAGGAGCAGUUAAAUCAGCUGACCGAGGACAACGCUGAACUCAACAACCAGAACUUCUACUUGUCCAAACAACUCGAUGAGGCUUCCGGCGCCAACGAUGAGAUAGUGCAGCUUCGAAGUGAAGUGGACCAUCUUCGCCGCGAGAUCACAGAGAGAGAGAUGCAGCUCACCAGCCAGAAGCAGGCACAACUCAGUGGUACUGAUUUGCAGACGAUGGAGGCUCUGAAGACCACGUGCACGAUGCUGGAGGAACAGGUCAUGGACUUGGAGGCCCUGAAUGACGAGCUUCUGGAAAAAGAGCGGCAGUGGGAAGCCUGGAGGAGCGUCCUCGGGGACGAGAAGUCCCAGUUUGAGUGUCGGGUUCGAGAAUUACAAAGGAUGCUGGACACUGAGAAACAGAGCAGGGCAAGAGCCGAUCAGCGGAUCACUGAGUCUCGCCAGGUGGUGGAGCUGGCAGUGAAGGAGCACAAGGCCGAGAUUCUCGCUCUACAGCAGGCUCUCAAAGAACAGAAGCUGAAAGCCGAGAGCCUCUCCGACAAGCUCAAUGACCUGGAGAAGAAGCAUGCCAUGCUCGAAAUGAAUGCCCGAAGCUUACAGCAGAAACUGGAGACUGAACGAGAACUCAAACAGAGGCUUCUGGAAGAGCAAGCCAAGUUGCAGCAGCAGAUGGACCUGCAGAAGAAUCACAUUUUCCGCCUGACUCAAGGGCUGCAAGAAGCUCUGGAUCGGGCUGAUCUACUGAAGACGGAAAGAAGCGAUCUGGAAUAUCAGUUAGAAAACAUUCAGGUCCUCUAUUCUCAUGAAAAGGUGAAAAUGGAAGGCACUAUUUCUCAACAAACCAAACUCAUUGAUUUUCUGCAAGCCAAAAUGGACCAACCCGCUAAAAAGAAAAAGGGUUUAUUUAGUCGACGGAAAGAGGACCCUGCUUUGCCCACACAGGUUCCUCUGCAGUACAAUGAGCUGAAGCUGGCCCUGGAGAAGGAGAAAGCUCGCUGUGCAGAACUAGAGGAAGCCCUUCAGAAGACCCGCAUCGAGCUCCGCUCCGCCCGAGAGGAAGCUGCCCACCGAAAAGCCACGGACCACCCGCACCCGUCUACGCCAGCUACCGCGAGGCAGCAGAUUGCCAUGUCCGCCAUUGUGCGGUCACCGGAGCACCAGCCCAGUGCCAUGAGCCUGCUUGCCCCGCCAUCCACCCGCCGAAAGGAGUCUUCAACUCCAGAAGAAUUUAGUCGACGUCUUAAGGAGCGCAUGCACCACAAUAUCCCUCACAGAUUUAACGUAGGACUGAAUAUGCGAGCCACGAAGUGCGCCGUGUGUCUGGAUACUGUGCACUUUGGACGCCAGGCAUCCAAAUGUCUCGAAUGUCAGGUGAUGUGUCACCCCAAGUGCUCCACGUGCUUGCCAGCCACCUGCGGCCUGCCUGCCGAAUACGCCACGCACUUCACCGAGGCCUUCUGCCGUGACAAAAUGAACUCUCCGGGUCUCCAGGCCAAGGAGCCCAGCAGCAGUUUGCACCUGGAAGGGUGGAUGAAAGUGCCCAGAAACAACAAACGAGGGCAGCAAGGCUGGGACAGGAAGUACAUUGUCCUAGAGGGAUCGAAAGUCCUCAUUUACGACAACGAAGCCCGAGAAGCUGGACAGAGGCCGGUGGAAGAAUUUGAGCUGUGCCUUCCCGACGGGGAUGUAUCUAUUCAUGGUGCCGUUGGUGCUUCCGAACUCGCAAACACAGCCAAAGCAGAUGUCCCAUACAUACUGAAGAUGGAAUCUCACCCGCACACCACCUGCUGGCCCGGGAGAACCCUCUACUUGCUAGCCCCCAGCUUCCCCGACAAACAGCGCUGGGUCACCGCCUUAGAAUCAGUUGUCGCAGGUGGGAGAGUUUCUAGGGAAAAAGCAGAAGCCGAUGCUAAAUUACUUGGAAACUCCCUGCUGAAACUGGAAGGUGAUGACCGCCUGGACAUGAACUGCACACUGCCCUUCAGCGAUCAGGUGGUGUUGGUGGGCACCGAGGAAGGGCUGUAUGCACUGAAUGUCUUGAAAAACUCCCUCACCCACGUCCCAGGGAUCGGAGCAGUCUUCCAAAUUUAUAUCAUCAAGGACCUGGAGAAGCUACUCAUGAUAGCAGGAGAAGAACGGGCCCUGUGUCUUGUGGAUGUGAAGAAAGUGAAGCAGUCCCUGGCACAGUCCCAUCUUCCCGCCCAGCCAGACAUCUCACCCAACAUUUUUGAAGCUAUCAAGGGCUGCCACUUGUUUGCUGCUGGCAAGAUCGAGAACGGGCUCUGCAUCUGUGCAGCCAUGCCCAACAAAGUCAUCAUCCUCCGCUACAACGAGAACCUCAGCAAGUACUGCAUUAGGAAAGAGAUAGAGACCUCAGAGCCCUGCAGCUGUAUCCACUUCACCAAUUACAGUAUCCUCAUCGGAACCAAUAAAUUCUACGAGAUCGACAUGAAGCAGUACACACUGGAGGAGUUCCUGGAUAAGAACGACCAUUCCUUGGCGCCUGCCGUCUUUGCCUCCUCCUCCAACAGUUUCCCCGUCUCCAUCGUGCAGGUGAAUGGCGCAGGGCAGCGAGAGGAGUACUUGCUCUGCUUCCACGAGUUUGGGGUCUUCGUGGAUUCUUACGGAAGACGGAGCCGCACUGACGAUCUCAAGUGGAGUCGCUUACCUUUGGCGUUUGCCUACAGAGAACCCUACCUGUUUGUGACCCACUUCAACUCACUCGAAGUAAUUGAGAUCCAGGCACGCUCCUCGCUGGGGACCCCUGCCCGAGCAUACUUGGAAAUCCCGAACCCACGCUACCUGGGCCCCGCAAUUUCCUCGGGCGCUAUUUAUUUGGCGUCGUCAUACCAGGAUAAACUAAGGGUCAUUUGCUGCAAAGGAAACCUCGUGAAGGAGUCUGGCACUGACCACCACCGGGUCCCCUCCACCUCCCGCAGCAGCCCCAACAAGCGAGGCCCGCCAACAUACAACGAGCACAUCACCAAGCGCGUGGCCUCCAGCCCAGCACCACCUGAAGGCCCCAGCCACCCCCGAGAGCCAAGCACACCCCACCGCUACCGAGAGGGGCGCACCGAGCUGCGCAGGGACAAGUCUCCCGGCCGCCCCCUGGAGCGGGAGAAGUCCCCAGGCCGGAUGCUCAGCACGCGGAGGGAGCGAUCCCCUGGGAGGCUGUUCGAAGACAGCAGCAGGGGCCGGCUGCCUGCAGGAGCCGUGAGGACCCCAUUGUCCCAAGUCAACAAGGUCUGGGACCAGUCUUCAGUAUAAAUCUCAGCCAGAAAAACCAACUCCUCAUCUCAAUCUGCAGGAAAACAGCAAACACACUAUGGAACUCUGCUGCAAGGGACCCCAGUGCCCAUCUGCUCAGCCACUCUACGGCACAGCUGGGCCCAGACCCUUCUCAGCACGGACACCCCCGUCUCCAGGAGGUGCAGGUGGCUGCGGCUCUUCGGAGCUGUUGGCAUUCGGUGCCUCCUCCAGGCACCUUCUUGCAGUCAUCUUCUUUGCACUUUGUUACUCUUUCAGAGCAUUCAUAAACUUUUGUACCUAGCUCUAGCCUGUACCAAUUCAUCCAAGGAAACCAACCAGGACACUAACUACCACGUGGUUAGAAUCCUAAUUAGCUACUCUAAUGUCCUAGGGUGGGUUGGUUGGUUUUUCUUUUGGCUUUAGUUUUUUUUCUCAUUUCUUCUUCCUUUUGUUUUCUUUUCUUUUUUUUUUUUUUUAAGACAACAGACUUCUUAAUAGAUUUGAAUAGCAAUGUAUUUCCUGUCGUCAUUUUUAGCUAGAUCACACACCAUCAGGUCUUUGCUACUGAAAUGUAGUGUAGAAGAGUCCCCGUCAGUUGGCUACCUUCCCGCAUUCACGUAGGCUCAUUCUUCCAGUCCGUUCCCAUAGAUGGCCCUGUUUUACCCAGGGUGACAUCGUAGCCAAAUGUUUACUGUUCUCAUUGCCUUUAAUGGCCUUGACGACUUCCCCCUCCCACCAGCUGAGAAUGUACGGAGGUCAUCGGGCUUCCGCUCGCUCGGAGGCAGUGACUUAGGGCCAAGGGACCUCGCAGAGCUUUCCUUUCCCUCCCUCAGCAUCACCCCUUUCAGCCUGCUGUCCCUGCUUUCCACGUAGCUUUGGCCAGGAAAGCAUGCAAUAGACUUACUCUGAGCCCGGCAUUAAUGGGCCUCAGGGUCGGGGAGGGAACUGGGGACACCCACCUCUUGUCUGUGAGGGUGUGUUGUUCCCCACUCCGGGAUGGGGAAGAGACCCAUCCGGGAAUUCUGCAUGGCGGAUCACUGCAUGUGCUGCCCCUUGACCUGGCUGACCCCUUGGGUUGCUCUGCCAAUGUACUAAUGCCAUCCCAUAGCUCCCGCCAAAUCAAGACCCUCUGAUGACUUACCAACUGGCCACACCAAGCUGCAGUCUGUAGCACUGAACAAACAAAAAACAAAACGCUCAAGCCUUACGACCAGAGAAGGAUUUCAGCAAGCCACCACCUCACACUCGGUAUCCCCUCCGGCCUUCACACUUCCCUGCCGACUCCCUCGCGGAUGACUGUGUUCACACAAAAUCCAGCACGGUUCUACCCCACGAAACUGUGACUUCCCAAAUGAGCCUUUUCCUAGGGCUAGACCUAAGACCAGGAAGCUUGAGAAAGAAGCCGCAGCUCAACUCCUCCAACUCUGCCGGGUUUGGGAGGUCCUCCUUAGGUGCAGUGCGGCUCCUACCGUUUCUCUCUACCCUCUGGUAGAGUAGGCGUUCCUGGCGACCGGUAUAGAACCAACCUAGAGGCUUUGCAGUUGGCAAGCUAACUAGCGGCCUUAUUUCUGCCUUUAAUCUCCCACAAGGCAUCUCUUGCUUUGGAUUCUCCAUGACUCUUAGGCUCGCCUCGACAACCAAGGCACAUCCUAGGUAGGCUGAAAGGUAGACCUGUUUCCACCGCAGCAGGUGAACACGCCCGUGUUUUCAACCCAUGUGUCCACAGUUCAGGUCACUUCCAGAUUGCAACUUGGCCCGAUUCCUGGCUCCUUCCUGCUCGUCUCUUUACCUAAGUGCUUUCUUGUUCGAAACGCCCAUGAACUCCAUGUUGUUGCAUCUUUGCCAAGUGUCCUGCUGUUGUGUUUUAUGUGUUGCUUGGAGUCUUGGGAGUCAGACUUCCUCCCCACCCUCCCCCAGGGCAGAUCUGACUGAAUGUUUGCUGAAGUUUAUGUCUCUUGGUCCACAAGUAUUUGGAAAGGUCACUGAAAAUUGGUCUUUCAGUCUUGGCAUUUCAUUUAGGAUCUCCAUGAGAAACGGGCUUCUUGAGCCCUAAAAGUGUAUAUCGUGUGUCUCAUUUGUGAAAUGCUUCCUGCUAUAUAGAACUAGCUCAAAAGACUGUACAUAUUUACAAGAAACUUUAUAUUCGUAAAAAAAAAAAAAAAAGGAAAUUGAAUUGGUUUCUACUUUUUUAUUGUAAAAGGUGCAUUUUUCAACACUUACUUUUGGUUUUAACGGUGGUCACUGAGGAUACCUAUCUUCACUGGAGGUGGGGAGCUCCAUGUGACCACCGAGUGCCAGCGGGAAAUAUCGUGACACGAAAUUGCAGUCAAAAGCUUAUUAGCAUAAAUAAGAUUCUAGGUCUCCAAAACUACAGGCUUUUUCUUCAUUACCUUUUUUAUUCAGAAUGAGGAAGAGAACACAAGAACAGUUCAAGAUCCACCUUGAGAGAAAUGAACUUUGUUGUUGAACAAUAGUGAAAUAAAGCAAUGAUCUAAAAACA